CUCCAUACUCGUUCGCUUGCGCUCGAUCGUGCUCUUGAUCUUGUGUUGUUGUCGUGUCUCCAUUCGUUUGUGCACAAUUACAAGCGCAAAAGAAAUUCAAGUUUCAUAGAAGAAAAAUUAUUUCUGAGAGAAUCUGCCAGUAAAUUUUUCCAUUAUGGAAGGAGUAGGAGACGGUCCAGCUAUAGUUGUAGAUAGUGGUGCCGAUGACGGGACAAUUCAAGAAGAGGACGCAGAGAAUGAAAUUCCAGCUGAUGCUUUGGAAGCAGUCAACGAGUUGAAAGAUGAGCUCGACCAAAUUGUUUUGCAACCUCCUAAAAUAGACAUGACGCCUGCAGAUCUUCCUAUGCAGAGCUAUCCUCUCACCUACAAAGAGAAUGACAACAAGGAGAAACUGGUGUUGGCCUACGCAGAGAACUUCCGGCGCCAGUAUGUCCAUCUCUACAGAGAUCGUAAACCACUCCUUCUUUGCCCUCUCAAUGAGUGUGGAGUGGAAAAGUUUGUGUGUACCACGAUCAGGCCCACAACACUUCCAUUCCAGGAGCUGUAUGACUAUGAUGGCUGUGCAGAAUUUGUUUCAGACUAUGUCACAUUUGAUCCACUUGAUCCUCCUGUAGAUUUGCCCAAAUCAUUGCUAUCUUCAACCACAGUGCUGAGACGACAGAGAGGGAAUUGUUUUGAGAUGAGUACAUUGCUUUGCUCUCUGCUGCUAGGAGCUGGAUAUGAUGCAUAUGUGGUGUGUGGGUAUGCUACUAGAGAGAUGACACUGUGCGAUGAAACCAGAGAAAUAUGCCCACUCAUGAAGAAGAAAAACGAGGUCAAAAAAGAAGAGAAGAAGAAGGAGAUGAGGAAGUAUACAGUGAAACCUCCCAAGGAUCUUAGGAGUAAGUUCAUCUUGGAGAUGGAAGCCAGGAAAGAGGCAGAACAAGCCAAAGAGGAGCAACAAAGGAAGAAGGAGAUGGAGGAAAAGCAAGAGGAACUUGAGAAGCCACCAUCGGAUGAGCUGUAUGGUCUGAGAAUCCACUGCUGGGUACUGGUCCUCAGUGGUAAGAGGGAGGUUCCAGAAAACUUCUUCAUCGAACCACUGACCGGUAACAGCUACUCCACACAGCAUGAUGGCUAUCUGGGUAUAGAAUCACUCUGGAAUAAUCACAACUACUGGGUUAAUAUGCAAGACUGCUCAAAUGGAUGCAAGGACUUGCUGUUUGACCUGGGUGACUGUGUGAGAUGGGAGUUCAUGUUUCCAAGCAAUGAGAAACCAACCCUAGAUAUACCUGACAUGGAUGAAGAUGCUCUGGAUUUUGAGGAUGACGAGGAUGAAGAGAAAGAGGAAGAGAAGCAUCUGGACAUGCCUCCAUCCUGGGUGAGUCCCUUAGAACUGACCCUCAAGGAGUUCCAGUCACGCUGUCCACAGGGCAAGAAGACACUCACCUACAAACGAGCAAAGCUGGAGAAGUUUGCUCACUAUCUCAUGAAGGAUGGUCUCAUCAUCAGGCUAUCAAUCUAUCAUGAUAAAGAGAUGAAAGAUCUUGUUCGAGUAGAGGAGACGUAUUCAUUUCGAAGCGACAAACUCCAUCUAAGAGUGCACAACCACAGGACAGGUUUAAUUACAGAAUACUACCAUCAAGGAAGACCCCUACACCUUAAAGAGCAAACCUAUGGGCAAUGGCCUGACAGCGAGCGAACCAUGAUAUUCUACAACCAUGCUAGAGUAGAUGGUUUGACAAGACGAGAAGAGAAUGCCCUGGAGAUGACUGAACACUUUGAUAACAGGGAUGAUUUCCUCUUAUACUGUCAUGUGGUGUUUGGUAAACGACCCAAGAAACUAGAGCCUGCUGGAUCCUUGCCUUCGUCAAAUCCAAGACCUAUCUUGAAAAUUGUAGAGAAGUUCCGUCGAAACAAGGCGAAGCCAGCCAACGAGGACAUUGCAGAGUGCAUCUACCUCAUCUCAGAAGACCGCAUCCAGUUGACCUUCCAUCACCAAGACGACAAGAUCACCGCCUCCACCCGAGACUUUAUCAAGCCUCCGAAUGCCAAUGACAAGGGUGCUGUGCUGACCUUCUCACAAGACAUGACCUCUACGUUCAGGGUGGAUCCGCUAGCUGAACCUCCCAAGAACCUGUUUAUCUACAAUCUUCUGAGGGAGUUGGUCGACAAGGAAGACAAGACUGUGCACAGUGUUAGGGACUCAGAGGAAGAGGUAAAAGAAAUUCUGACAGAAAGACAAGAGGAGGAGGCUAGGUCAGACCUAGACAUAUCCGUCUAUGAUACAGAGCGUAAUGAGAAAGCCAAACAACAUCGUAUUGAAAGGGAGCGACUUCAGAUGGAGGAGAAGAAACGUAGAGAGGAGAUGGAGCUGGACUACCUUGCCCCAUUCCUGGCCCAGAUUGGAGACCCAGAGAAACUAAACAGACAGCAAGCCUUAAAGCUCAAAGAAGAUUGUCUAGCUGAUCUUAAGAUGAGACUCAUUGAUAAAGCUAACCUUAUUCAGUCCAGAUUUGAAAAGGAAACUGUUGAGCUCCAUAAGAAACAGACAUGGUACCAAAACAACCAAAUGAACAUGCAGAAAGAGGAUGAAGAGGAGUAUCUAGAGUAUUGCAGUGAAGCUAUGUUCCGCAUACACAUCCUUGAACUGAGGCUCAACAGACACAAGGAGAUGGCACCUCACAAAUACAUGGCCCUGGAUCAGAAGCUAAAGACAGACCAAAGAUUGUCAGAAUUCUUUGGAGCUACGUUGGGUGAUAAGAGAUAGAAAUAGAAGUAGACUCACUCUGGUUAUCUCUGAUAGACGUGAAUGUCUGGUAGUAUCUUAAAGACAUUGUCAUGAAUGCUAUGUGUAUGCAUCAUGGGCUAUUGAUAUCAUCGAGAGACAAGACCAGACACAAACCAUGUUAUAAUCAGAAUGUAAAACAGGAAA